GCUGCGGCAGUAAGCACACCUAGGAAAAAAAUGACAAAACAAUUGACCGGGAAAAGGGAUGAUACCCCUUUGCAUUCUGCAGCAAGAGCCGGGAAUCUGGCUGCGUUGAAGGAUGCCCUUACCAGUAUUGAAGAGGAUGAACUGAUUGAAUUAUUGGCCAGACAGAAUCAAGAUGGAGAAACAGCUCUUUAUGUUGCUGCUGACUAUGGUUAUAUUGAUGUGGUCAGGGAGAUGAUUCAAUAUUAUGAUCUUGCCGAUGCUGGAAUUAAAGCAAGAAAUGGUUUUGAUGCAUUUCACAUUGCUGCCAAACAAGGGGAUUUAGAUAUACUGAAGAUCCUUAUGGAGGCUCAUCCUGAAUUGUCAAUGACUGUGGAUCCAUCCAACACCACAGCUUUGCAUACAGCUGCAACACAAGGGCAUAUUGAGAUAGUGAAAUUCCUAUUGGAAGCAGGAAGUAGCCUGGCAACCAUUGCUAGAAGUAAUGGGAAAACAGCUCUGCAUUCUGCUGCAAGAAAUGGACAUUUGGAGGUUGUGAAAGAACUUCUUGAGAAAGAGCCUGGGGUUGCAAUACGGAUUGAUAAGAAGGGUCAGACAGCACUUCACAUGGCAGUGAAGGGACAGAACCUUGAGGUGGUGGAAGAGUUGAUAAAAGCAGCUCCUGCAUCAAUAAACAUGGUUGAUAAUAAGGGAAACUCAGCAUUGCAUAUAGCAACCAGGAAGGGCAGGGUUCAGAUUGCAAAGUUGCUUCUUGGACAGAAGGAAACAGAUACAAGUGCUGUUAAUAGAUCUGGAGAAACUGCACUAGACACUGCUGAGAAAACCGGGAACCAUGAUGUUAAAGCCAUUCUGCUGGAACACGGUGUUCAGAGUGCCAAAGCCAUAAAGCCACAGGGCACAACAGCUACAGCUCGUGAAUUGAAACAAACUGUAAGUGACAUAAAACAUGAAGUCCAUUACCAGUUGGAACACACUCGUCAAACCAGAAAACGUGUUCAAGGAAUUGCCAAACGUAUCAACAAAAUGCAUGCUGAAGGACUCAACAAUGCAAUAAACUCCACAACAGUGGUGGCAGUCCUGAUUGCCACUGUUGCCUUUGCUGCUAUUUUCACAGUCCCUGGCCAAUUUGUUGAUGACCCAAAAGAUAUUCCUCCAGGGAUGUCCCUUGGUGAAGCAAAUAUAAGCCCACAAGUUCCAUUUAUCAUUUUCUUUGUCUUUGAUUCCAUUGCCCUCUUCAUUUCUCUGGCGGUGGUGGUGGUGCAAACCUCGGUUGUGGUUAUAGAAAGCAAAGCAAAGAAGCAGAUGAUGGCUAUCAUUAACAAGCUAAUGUGGCUUGCUUGUGUACUUGUUUCGGUGGCCUUCUUGGCAUUGUCAUUUGUUGUGGUGGGAAAGGAAGAGAAGUGGCUGGCAAUUGCAGUUACCAUUAUAGGGACAACCAUAAUGGCUACAACCUUGGGAAUAAUGUGUUACUGGGUCGUUAGGCAUCGCAUUGAGGCCUCAAAUUUGAGGAACAUUCGGAAAUCUUCAAUGGAAAGCAGGUCAAAGUCUUUUUCAGUGUCGGCUUUUUCAGAUUCUGAGCUACUAAACAAUGAGUUUAAGAAAAUGUAUGCGAUUUAG